AUUAAUUUCAUUACUCGUUAGUUCUUGCACGCUGCUGUAUCAGUUGUAAGAAAAGUAACAGUUUGUAAAAAGGAAUUAUUCUACUACUACUUGAAUAUCAGCCAACUUCGAAUCGAAGUAAACAAGAUAUCGCAAGGUCAGCUCCUCCCCCUUAAUUUGAUUGGCUAAUGUAUCAUUCUACAAAUAUAUAGCGCAAUACGUGUGUAGGUUCAUUCAUAAAAUUUGACUCGCUCUGAGAGACAAGGUAUAUAACAUUUAGCUGAAGGAUAUUUUGAACAUUUAACAGGUGUCUAGUGAUAAGUGUGAAGGAAGUUAACAUUCUCCAUUUUGUAUAGAGGACAUUAAUCCAUGGCCCUUAUAGAAGAAGACAGCAUUGAAUUUUUAGAAGAUCAAAUCGUCCCUGAUCAAGACGAUCUGUUUCUACCGCCGUCUGAAGUCGCUUGGAAUGUUAAAUCCGUGGACUUCGAAAAGUACCUGUACCUGACAGAUCAGGGUCCUGCUGCCAAGAAGCUGCGUCGGGAAAGUUCCUCGCUUGUCGAUGAGUUCUUCCAAGAUGAUUUAAAAGACAGUCCCGAACUCAACAACGCCAAGCAUAUUGUUAAUCAGGGUUUUUUGGGAAGAAAGCGGUACCUCGACCUGAAUAACUUGAGGACAGGUCUGUGUCCUCCGAGGUCCGGUGAUGUAUUCAGGCGCGAGGUCUCGCCUUUGGCGGAGGAGGUCCGCGAAGACGGUUUACAACGACUUGGCCUGAUCAAAUCGCCGGCAAAGACGACGAAAAUUGACUUGAGUGAAACAAUGCUAGAUCCCGCUUCCAUGGUGACAGGGGGUUUCGUCGAUUUACGUGAACAAAGUAAACACGUCGACGAUUCGAUAUGGGAGGACGUGAAAGACAGUAUUGAUAUGGUGAAUUCUGAAGAGAACACAAACUCUGCAAAAGAUCCUAUAGUGAUUAAAGAGGAGGAGGACGAUAUAUCGUAUAAACCAGCUUGCCAGUUUCAAAAUUCUAGAAUCCCAUCUUUUGAAAACAUUUCUGUGAAACUCGAGCCAUCACCCUCUAGUUGUCUUUUGGCGGGCUCUAACACGGAUGAUAAUGUCAGACCCAAAUCUCUUUCUCUGCCCCAGCAGCAGAUGAUGUUCUCGCAACCCCCCUCCUCAGUCACCCAGUACAUGGCUCAGUUGAAUAGCAUUGCAAUGAACAAAUCUAUGACGUCAUCGACAUUUUCGACGCCAACGCCUCCUCACAUGGUCCCUGUUUUCCUCCCUCCUACUCCACCCAACUCGGAGCCCAACAGUCCUAGUCAAGAUGCCCCCAUGAGGCGCACUCCCCCUCCCCCUUACCCAGGAGUUCAAAGACACCAGAGCUUCAGCACUCUGAACAUUCAACCUAUCCCAUAUACUCCCGCUCCCCCCAGGACAACAAGCAAGAUGCAAAUGACUCAUCCAGGAUGUUCGACAAUCAAGUACAACAGAAAGAACAACCCGGACCUGGAGAAAAGAAGAAUCCACUUCUGCGAUUUCCCAGGCUGCAGAAAAGCAUACACGAAAAGCUCGCAUUUGAAAGCUCACCAGAGAAUCCAUACAGGUGAAAAACCAUACAAAUGUCAUUUCCAAAGCUGCCAAUGGCGUUUUGCAAGGUCCGACGAGCUUACUCGCCAUAUACGAAAACACACUGGAGCCAAGCCCUUCAAAUGCAAGGUCUGCGAUAGAUGCUUUGCCCGGUCCGAUCAUCUCGCUCUACACAUGAAGCGCCAUGAACCCAAAACCAAGUGAACACUCUCCACCCACCCGGAGGAACAUUUUUGGUGACAACCCAUCUUUGCUUUUUUUGGAGCCAUUUUGGGUGCGCAUUUGGUCGACACUUCCUUGGUAGAUCUGGUACUGCCAUAAACCAUUUUUUGCUGUGGCAACCAGAAGGUUUAAGAAGGAGAGAGGUCCGAUUAGACAUACCUGAUGUCUAACAUUGUUGUCCAGACUUUGUUCUGAUUGGCAGAAUGCUAAUUGUAUGUGGCAUAUAGACAUGUAGAGGCAGCUAGGCGACUCGUGGGCUAACUGGUGCAGACGGGACAGAAUAUGUCGGAGAAGACUUUAAAUAAGUUGUUGUUAUCAAUGUUUAUUUGUUAACUUUAUGGACAGUUAUAGUCAUUUGUUGUAAUUUCUACAAAUAAUCAAUGGAACGAAUCACGCACUACUUUUACGCCAUAUGUUUGCGUUGACGCAUUUGGACUUUGGCCAAUUAGUGUAACGAAGCAUGAAAAAACGAUCAUUUUAGAAAAGAUGAAAACAGCUUUAAAUAAUAAAGUGUGUGUAUUGGUCUGAGACACAAAUGACUAUGUAAGAAUUCCCCCUUUUCUGCUUGUACCAGCCAUAUUCCCAUUAUUGUUGAAUCUGUAGAAAUUCCAUUUCCAAGCAUACGGGUCUUUGACCAAUCAUAUGUAUUCGCUUUGUUACUGGAGCCUGCGCAAGUUGUUUUUUUUCUUGUGAGAUAGCUGUUAUUUCUUGUUGUGAUAAUUCUCUUUCGCCAUUUUGUGUUAUAUAGUGUGAAUAUCUGUUUCUGCGCUCAACAUGAGAACUAGUUUUUAUGAAAUAUUUUUUAUUUGUAUAAUGAAUGUAUUAUUUCAAAUUUCUCAAUAGUUUAUUUCAUGAAUAAAUAUUUGAAAAAUAAA